UGGGAGGAGCCAGCAGCGUGUUUCCGCUCACAGCAGGCCGAGAGGUAACACGGUGAUCUGAGCCGUCCGACCGAGAAUUACAGGAUAUAAGACGGAACAAUUGGCAGCUUCGUGCGGGACACAGUUGAGAGUACACGUUGUUUAAACACCUUGGAGCCGCCGUAAGUCCAUCUCUGGGGAGGACAUAGAAGAAGCAGGAGGAGAAGAAGAAGGAGUGGCAGCUGGACUGUCAGCAAUGGAAGCCGAGUUUCGGGAAAUCGAUGAAAACGGGAGCUGGAACGCCAUCUACCAGGAGAUUCGCCAGCAGUCAUGUGAACUCCCAUGCAAAGUUGCCAAAUUGCCUGAAAACAAGAAUCGGAAUCGUUACAGAGAUGUUAGCCCAUUUGACCACAGCAGAAUAUGUCUGCAGCUGGGAACGAAUGACUACAUUAAUGCCAGCCUCAUAACCGUAGAAGAGGCACAGAGGAAAUAUAUCCUCACUCAGGGACCUCUUCCAAACACAUGUGGCAACUUCUGGGAGAUGGUGUGGCAGCAGAAGACCCACGGUGUAGUGAUGCUGAACCGAGUCAUAGAGAAAGGAUCUGUAAAAUGUGCCCAGUAUUGGCCACAGCAAGAGGAGAGAGAUGCCAUCUUUGAAGAUGCCAAUUUCAAGCUCACCUUCAUUUCAGAAGACGUCAAAUCUUACUACACAGUCCGUCAGCUGGAGCUGGAAAAUCUGUCGACUCAUGAGACUCGUGAGGUUUUACAUUUUCACUACACCACCUGGCCUGACUUUGGGGUACCAGAGUCUCCCGCAUCCUUCCUUAACUUCCUGCUCAAGGUGCGGAAGUCGGGUUGUCUGAAUUCUGACCAGGGACCAGUGGUGGUGCACUGCAGCGCCGGCAUCGGACGCUCUGGGACCUUUUGUCUUGUGGACACCUGCCUGUUAUUGAUGUCCAUCCGUAAGGACCCUACUUCGGUGCGUAUUCGUGAAGUGCUGCUGGAGAUGCGACGCUAUCGCAUGGGCUUGAUUCAGACAGCAGAUCAACUUCGGUUCUCCUACCUAGCCGUCAUUGAAGGUGCCAAGUAUAUCAACGGAGAUACAUCUCUGCAGGACUCCUGGAAGGAGCUCUCAAACGAGGAAGAUGAUCCUCCAGAGUUCACCCCUCCGCCUCCUCUUCCUCCUCCCAGAGACCCUGACAACGGCAAAAUUGAGACAUCCUUCUUUCCCGAAGAUGAGUUCAUCCAACCGAUGGAGAUCCAAAGCUUGGGGUCCACACAAGAGUCGGAGCUGCGUAAGAGGAACAUCGCUGCCCCCCAGCCUCCUCCUGACGGUGCUGACCAGCUCCACGGCCACAUUGGAACCGAAGAUCACAACCCCAAAGCUCCAUUGAUAUCCCACCAGCAGGAGACGGAGGAGCAGGAGCAGCCCGAGGUCGUGGAGCCGCCGAAGGAAAGCUCUCCUGUGCCGGGGACCUGGUCCCCCCUACUAACCAACGUGUGCCUGUGCACAGUGCUGGCUCUCAGUGCUUACGUCUGUUAUCGAGCCUGUUUCCACUGAUGUCUGUCCUUCCUCCUCCUUUUUUUUUUUGUUGCUCUCUGUCUCUCCACCGAUUGUUUCAACGUGGACUAGGCUGGCCAAUCAGCCUGCUUUGACUUUGGGUUUACUCUACGAGUGAGUGGACUAUUUGGACUUCAGCAGAUUCAGGUUCACUCGUUUAUUUUUUUACAAAUGCAGUGUGAAGGGGUUUUGGUUUGUUGGCAAUAACAGGCUGCAAAUCCUCUUUACCCACCCAAACGUUCUUUCAAUGUGUCAUCAUGGAUGCUCAGGGCCUUAGUUUUUUCAGGUGUCACAUCCCAAAUACGUGUCCCGACUCAAACACAGACUCAACAGACGAUACGUGUCUGUUGAGGAAAAGGAGGGUUUGUUUUCACAACCCCUGUUCUGUGAACCAGGAUGAAUGGCCCGUCAGCCCAUUUAACACGUGUCUCCUCUCUUAUUUACCAAAUGACACUUGUAUGUGUUCUUCCAUUUCAACCCUUACUAAGGUGUCAGUUAGGAUUUCACUGUUUUUUGUCACCUUUUCUUUCUUUUGCCUACAUAAAUGAUCAGAAAUCAUACAGCCAGAUUUUUGACCAGAAACCUUUUUUUGUUCGUUUGUUGUGGUUCAAUAUUCAACCCAACAGUGAGGCGAAGGAUGUGAAAGUUAGAGGGGAGCAACUCUGUGCCACUAGAUAAGCGAUGCAUGCUGGGGUGGGCAUUGGAUUAUCUGUCCUCACUGAUGGCCUGUGUAGGUCUGCAGGAGGCCUGCUGAUUUGAGUACAUGCAGUAUGUGUGUGUUUGUGUGUAGACAUCUGCGUGAGAGGUAGUUAGUGGAGCUUUCGACUGAUGCUUGAGUUAAAUCUACUCAGUGAGAAAUAUUAAUAUAACAUUUUUCAUUAAGUCAAAUGGGACAUGUAGACUGAGUUGUCUCCUGGUAAUUGACUCCCUCUGCAUUUUCUCUCCCUGGUGGCUCAAACGUGACACAGACAAGUAUUUUUAAAAACAAAAUGGUGCAGGCACAGGGUGGUUUGUCUCUUUCUCCGUUUGCUUGGCAUUCACAACAUUGACAGUGGAAAAAAUCUGCAGAUGAUUUUUAAAUAAGGAAAUAACACCUGGCUUUGGCCAUUCAGUGUUUUCAGUCACGGUAGUUUAAAUUGUGUUGUGGCUUUUCAUUCCAGGAGAAUGUGUAACAACCUGAAUGACGCUGUUGUAUCGUUACGUCUGUUUAGUUUCACACAAGAACGCCAGCUUAUUGAGACACAAAGUAGCGAACACCCGACUCUUUUCGCCAGCAAUAAAAAAUACUUAAUAAUGUGUCACCCUUUACUUUGUCAAACUCUCGAGCUUGAAUGGGGAACCAGGGUCUUUUGAACAAACCAAAAAUCCAACACCAGCACAGGGAUGAAAACAAUACACUGUAGCGAUGAACCGUUGUGUCAUGGCGCGGCCCUCAGCUGGCAAUAUUGUUUUGUAUGAACCAGUUUCAUUUUAGCAUGCUGCAUUUGUGAAUCAACAGGUUUUGUCAUAAAAAGAGAUUAGCUAAGCUGCUAGCAUUCAGUUUACCUUUGUGACUCGACAAAGUUCAGUACGUGAGUCAGACAGCUGUACUUUUACUUUAGAAUGUAUGAAAGUCCUCAAGGACGCACCCUUAUUAGAUAUAUAUAUAUUUUUUUCCAAAUCAGGUUUCAGUGUUCUGAUUUUUUUUUUUUUUUUUUUUCUGCUUUAGCAAGAGAUUACAUCUCAGCACUUGUGCAGCCAUCGCACCAGGUUUUCCUGUUUUUCUACUUAUGCUGAGCUCAAAAACAUGUAUUUUUUUAUUUACAUUUGUUGUUUUACUUUUUAAAUAAAAAACAAAGUCU